AUGCUGUUAGACCAAGAUGAGAUUCAUCCUUUGAUUUCGUAUGGAAUAAAGUAUAACAAGAAAUGGCUAAUAAAUUCAAUCCAAAGCCAUUGCAGUGUCCCCUUUACCAUGGUCAAUUUCCAUUACUUUAAAGACCAAGCCCAGUUCUUUAUUCAGGAUGUUAGUGCUGCCUCUGCAUUGAAUGAUACCAACUACAAGAUUUGUGAUGAGAAAAAUCAAAAGGUAUGUCUAUCUAUGCAUGUCAAUCCCUCUGCUGUACCCUACUCUAUACAGAAUAAAUUGGAGCCAGAAGAAAUGGAGCAGCUAAAGCUGACCAUGAGCAUGCUGUAUAUCUCCCAUAAAGCUCUUGACCUCCAUAAACUCCACUUUGACCCAGGUUUGAUGGACCAUGAUAUAGAUAUAAUCCUGAAUUGAAGAAACUACAUGGCUGCCACCCUGCAGAUAGUCAAAGGGAAUUUUCCAAAACUUUUGUCCUUGAACUUGUGCAAGAACAAACUUUACCAGCUGGAUGGCUUGUCUGACAUUCUACAGAUAGUCCCCACAGUAAAUAUCCUGAACCUCUCCAAAAAUGAGUUGGGAAGAGAGAACCAGAUUAAAGUACCAUCAGUCUGGGAGUUAGGCAAGAUGAAAGGGCUGAAGCUUGAAGAGCUGUGGCUAAAAGAGAACCCUCUGUGUGGCAUCUUCCCAAACCAGUCCACCUGUGAUGGCCAGGUGUUACCAACAAGAACUGUGAUUUUCAUUGAAACCUCCAAUGCCCUGUAA